AUGACUGCGUUGGCGUUUAAAGUUAAAAGUAAAAAUGGUCAACAAAUACUUAAAGAUUUGACCUCUGAUAGCACCGUGGGCGAAUUGAAGAUGUUUUUGUCGAGUAUAUCGGACGUUAGCAUCGAGAGAGUGAGUGUUUUGUGUGGAUAUCCGCCAAAGCCGCUGGAUAUAAGUAAUGACAGUCAAAAACUUAGUGACAUUGGUUUGAAAACUGGAGAGACCCUCAUAGUUGAAGAGAAAUCUGCUGCUGCGUCUGUCACUUCGUCUGCAGAGUCCAAACCUGUUGAGAACGGUGUUGCGUCACACGAAACUUUAGUUCCUUGUAGACCAGGCAUUUUAAUGAAGAAGGUGGUCCCAUCAGACAAUUCUUGUUUAUUUACUAGUAUAGGUUUUGUAUUAAAUGGUAACGUAGACACUUCUGUGCACACACUAAUGCGAGAGAUCAUUGCAAUGGAAGUAGCUAGCGACGUAGACACAUACAAUGAGGCAGUCCUCGGUAAACCUAAUGCUGACUACUGCGUGUGGAUCCAACAGCCGAGCUCAUGGGGUGGUGCUAUAGAGGUAGCAAUCCUAUCUCGUUUCUAUGGGCUGGAGAUGGCUGUAGUAGACACACUGAAUGCAAUUAUAAACAGAUUUGGAGAAGACAAGAAUUAUGGACAACGAGUCUUUCUACUAUUCGACGGUGUGCACUAUGACCCCUUGUAUUUGGAACAAGUUGAUGGCGGUAUUCAAACAAUAUUCCCAACUGAAGAUAUGGAGAUAUACAGAGAAGCGGAGCAGUUGGCACACGAGGCUAAGUCGUCCAGACAGUUCACGGACGUGAACAAAUUCACUCUGAGGUGCAAUGUGUGUGACAAACUCAUUACUGGCUACGUCGAGGCACAGAAACACGCCAAAGAAACUACGCACACGAAUUUUGGUGAAGUCUAG